AUGUCUGAGGUGCUGUCCUGCGGCUCGUUGGCCGUCGCGUCUACGUUUCUCGGUCUCGUGUGGUAUCGCAAAUGGCGGGCGCGGCUCGCGCCUCUGCCUCCGGGCCCAGAACCAUGGCCGUAUGUGGGCAACAUCCAGGACUUGCGGCCAGAGCAGCUCUGGCUCACUGCCAGUGAAUGGGCGCGUAAAUACGGAUGUGUCGCGUACGUACACGUCUUCGGGCAGGGCGUCGUGUGCCUCAACACCGCCGAGGCCAUCGACGACUUCAUCGACACAUGUGCGGCGAACCGGUCAUGCAUAUCGACUUCAGAACCGUCCAUGUCUCCAAUAUGUUCUUAUUGGCGGCAGCCUCCAGCGCUUCACAGUGCAGACAGGCUGACCGAAGCGCACGACGAGCUUUUAUUGGAGUCCGGCGCAAUCGAUCUGGUAGCGCGCAUACGUGAUAGCCCAGAUCAGUGCUUCAGUCACAUUCGGCGGUAUGCCGCCAAAGUCACAUUGCGCGCGGCGGGAGGAGUGGAAAGUUCUGAGGGCGGUGGAGAACUAGCGAGCCACGCCGAGGAGACGACGAUCUCGCCUCUGGACAAGAUGAGGACUGGUGGGGGCAUGUGGGACAUCGCAAGACACCUACCGGCACGGCUUCUGAGCGACGACUUCCAGCGCAAGGCCGUGAUCUGGCGCGACACCGUCAACGAGCUCCGCAGGCGUUCUAGCGAGGCUGUCAAGGCGAAAAUCACGUCGAAUGCGAGCGCUUCUGGUUCCGCGGUGCGUUCUGAUGCUCGACGGGAUGGCGCGGGGGAGCCGGGGAUUCUUGCUGCUAACGUGGAUCUCAUGACGGCAGUGAUAUCGCACUUCGCCCUCGCGAUGCUGUUCUACCCAGACGUCAUGCGCAAAGCGCAGCUGGAACUCGACCGCGUAUUGCAAGGCCGUCCGCCGCGUAUAAACGACAAGCCCCGUCUGCCAUACACCACCGCCAUAUUCAAAGAGUCGCUGAGGUGGGGCUGCCCCGUGCCGCUCGGUCUUUUGCAUGUCCCGACGGAGGAACUCGAGUACAGGUGCGCGCGUAUCCCUCGGGGAUCGAUCGUUGCCGCGAAUAUAUGGAACGUCAUGCGCGACGAGGCUGUCUACCCCCGCCCAUAUCAGUUCGACCCUGAGCGAUUUCUCGUAAGCGCCGCAGACGGGCCCUCCGCCGCGAACGGGCCCUCCGCCGCGAGCGAGCCCGACCCACGACCCUACACCUUCGGCUUCGAGCGGAGAGGGCGUACGGCGGAUCUCGGCGAGUCUGCCUGCUGGCUCGUGAUCGCGACGAUCCUCUCCGCGUUUGACAUCGUCAAGGCCCUCGACCCUAUCACCCGACAUCCCAUCGACCCGUCGAUCGAGUUCGAGAAUUUCGUCUAUAGGAUCCCGCGGGAGUUCCCAGUCGAUAUCAGCCCGCGCUUGGCGGCCGGAAUUCCGACGGUCCAGCUCGCAGUCGGGCAGGACGCGAUCACGGAGGGAGCUCUACCGAGGGUUCUCGAGGGCGGAAGAUUGCGUAGAGCUUUCAGAACGACAAAGAGGGUCGAAAACUGGCUGAUCCAGGAGUCGCUGGUGAUGGUAUAG